ACUUUUUUACUCAUCAACACAAUCGCAUAAAUAAUGCAUAUUCUCCAAACCCUAGUUCUACUUCUAUUCUCUUCGCAGAUUCAGUCGAGGUAUUUCUUGAAGGAUCUUCACCGGAGCACAUCGAGCGGUGAUGGCUCCACAACAGCCAAAGAGUGGACUCUUUGUGGGUCAGAACAGAGGCCACAUUGUCACCAAGAAGGAAUUGGCCCCACGUCCAUCUAAUAGGAAAGGAAAAACCAGUAAAAGAGUCCACUUUGUAAGGAACCUGAUCAGGGAAGUUGCUGGUUUUGCACCAUAUGAAAAGAGAAUCACUGAGCUUCUCAAGGUUGGGAAAGACAAGCGUGCAUUGAAAGUAGCAAAGAGAAAGCUUGGCACUCACAAGAGAGCAAAGAAGAAGCGUGAGGAGAUGUCUAAUGUUCUCCGCAAGAUGAGGUCUGCUGGAGUGGAUCACAAGAAAAAGUGAGGGUAUUCAUCAAUUGUGCCUGCAACCAUCUUAAAUCUAUUGAAAAGAUCAGUAGGUAGACUGGUAGAGAUGCUUGCUUAUCAUGGCUUUCAUUAUUUGUAAUGGGGAACAAAAUUUUGACUGGAGUCAUUUUGUUUUAAUUUGAAAUGGAGAACAGUAGCCUCCCAAAUUUUUAGUUUUAUUCUAGAAUCAGAAAUUGCAUGCUGCACUAGUAAGUUGUUAACUAAGUUUGUCUUGUGUUAUCUACUCUAAUCAUACACUGAUUACUUCACCAA